GUUGGUGGUUCCCACGGUAACUGAAGGCUCCGCCCCCUUUCCUCCUCCCUCCGCCGGUCUGUGGAUGAAUCUGGGAACCUGAAGACCCAAAGGUUACAUGAGCAGCAAACUGUCUGUCUGACAUUUUAACUUGCGUGUUUAACAUGGUGAACAGCGGAUCCCCGCCCCAGCCCGACCCGCCCCAGCCCGACCCGCCCCAGCCUGACCCGCCCCAGCCCGGCCGGGCCCGGCGCGCUGCCAGCCGUUUCUGGAGGAUGUUGCUGCGGCAGCUGGAGAUCGCCGCCCUCGGCGUGGCCGCCGCAGGCUGGCUGGCCGCCGUCCUGACCCGCUGCCUGGCGCUGUGGACGGUCAGCGGGACGCUGGACAACCAGAUGGCCAGCCUGCCUGCCUACUGGGACGGGGUGUGGCUCCAGUGGGAUCACUGGGAUCUGGCCCACGAUGGCAGCCUGCACUGCUCUUUCUACCAAUCCCUGUUGUCUCUCUCGGGAAGUUUCCGCGCGUGGAGGGCUCUCAUCAUGGCCGCCAUUGCAGUCGGGGGCUUCGCCUUGCUGGUUGGUGGCGCGGGGCUGGUGUGGUUCCCGCAGAGGGGGCAGAUCAAGGUGUUUUCUGGGAGUUUCUUCGUCCUGGCCGCGAUCCUGCUGGUGAUUCCCACAGCCUGGACGUGCCACCACACCAGCCAGCCGCUAGAGGGCGCGGUGCCGCUCAGCAGAGCCUGGGGCCCCGCGCUGUACCUCGGCUGGAUCUCCUUCGGCCUGAUGCUGCUCGGUGGGGGGUUUCUGAUCUCCAGAUGCCCCGGCGCCAAGGGGCAGGUGGGGCAGCCAGGCGGCGGCAGGAGCCCGGAGGAGGAGGCCAGCAGCCCGCUGAGUACCAUCAACAGAACCGCGUUCACUAACAGCCAAUACAACCGCAGGUCGCCGCCCAUCUGACAGAACCGGACCGGGCCAACGAACCAACGAACCAAUGAACACGAUGCUCUCAGGAAAACUGCACUUUGUGACACAUAAAGGCGUAGAAUGAACUUAAAGGAGCAGAACUUUGUUAACAGGCUGAUUUUUGCUGUGUUUUGUUUUACUUUAACAAACUGUUUGUCUUUUUGUUUUUAUUAUUUCCACCCAGUGAAACAAGACAGAGACUCGUUCUGCUUGCUCCACUCUGGCUCUGGGAUGUUGAGUAACUUUCUCUGCAAAUGGGAGCAAAACUGUCAAAGUUCCCGUAAUGUUAGAAAAAAAUAAUCAGUUUCUGAAGAAGAAAGUGCUGAUCACAGCAGAAGAUCGAUGUCACCGUUUGCAUAUGAUGGAGCUUCUGGGCUGUUGUGGACAGAAAAGAAAGUAGGAGCAAAUUUCUGUCAAAAAACUCUGAAAUCUAGAGAUUAAGUUCAGAACUUGUUCACAAAAUCCCUGGAAUUUCUGAGCUUGAAAACUCCAUUUUUAAAAGUCCAAAUUUUUGAACUUUUGAGCUCAGAAAAUCUCAGUUUUCUAGAAAAUAUUUUAAAUUAAUCUCGAAAUUUGUGACAGUUUUUCAUACAAAUUUUAGACUUUUGAAAUGUACAAUUUUUUUCUGGAACAUUUCUGAGAUCUCAAAGUUUUCUCACUAAUAUUUUGCUUUUGCAGCUCAGAAAUUGUAUGAGAUUAAAUCUCUAAAUUGGCAGAAAUGUGCUUCUUCAUUUUUCUAGCCACAAUUUUCCUAACUCACCUUCAACCCCCCCAAAUUUUCUUUCUGCUUUCUGAUUGGCUGGUUGUAAUUCUACCAGCAGAAUCUAAGUGAAUGGAAGAAAAGCCAGAAUGUGUUUUGAAGUGAGAUUUAAUUGUUUAUUUCUUAAAGUAAAAAAACUAAACUCUGUUUUGUGAUGCUAUGACAACAGCUUUAAAUCAAACUACUGUUUGCAGAGAUGAGUAGCAACGAGCUACAUUUACUUGAGUAAAAAUAAAAUAUACUUUUCGAAGAACUUUA